AUGUCCGGCGCCGCUCCUGGCCCGCUGCGAACCGCAAGCAGCAGCGCCGGGGCCCUGGACCGACCCUCCCCACUGCCCCGGGACUCCGGGCGCCGCCACCUAUGCGGCCCGGACACCCGUGGGACUGAUCGGCAGACGAGGCAGGCGGCCUUGCCCGGCCGAAGAUCCACCUUCGAGUACCUGGAGGAGUUCCCUGGGGACGGCAGGGAGUGCGUCAACUGCGGGGCCAUGUCCACACCGCUCUGGAGGAAGGAUGGCACCGGCCACUACCUGUGCAACGCCUGCGGGCUCUACCACAAAAUGAACGGCAUCAACCGGCCGCUCAAGCCACAGAAGAGGCUGCCCGCGCCGCGGGGGCUCGGCUUGUCCUGUGCCAACUGCCACACGACCACCACGACGCUGUGGCGCAGGAACGCCGAGGGCGAGCCCGUCUGCAACGCCUGCGGCCUCUACAUGAAGCUGCACGGGGUGCCGCGGCCUCUGGCCAUGAAAAAGGAAAGUAUCCAGACCAGGAAACGGAAGCCUAAGAACAUCAGCAAAGGCAAAAGCUCCACAGGAUCUACGACUUCGGCCACCAACUCCCCUUCUUCCAUUACCAACUCAGACAGCACGGUCACUUUAAAGUCAGAGCCCAGUGCCACCUCGCAGUACCCUGGACAAGCCGUCGUGUCCGUGUCCCAGGCGCCCGGGCAGCCGGAGGACACGCUGGCCGCCGGCGACUUCAAGUUCGAGGCGGAGGAUUACGGCUUCCCGGGCGGCAGCGCCGCGCAGCCCGCGGGGCUCAGCGUCCCGCUCCGGCAGGACUCCUGGUGUGCGCUGGCCCUCGCCUCGGAGCGCGGGAGCCUGCGGAGCGGCGCCGAGGGACGCGCCACCGCGGAAGGACAGAUUUCUCGCAGAGGAUGCGGGUGA